AUGGCGGUCACGCGCGUCGCCGUGGCCGCCGCCCUCUCGGCGGCCCCGCUCUCCUCCCGCCGCCACCGGGUGGCCCUCCCCUCCUCUUGCCGCCUUCUCCCCCCCGCGGCGGCCACCUGCUGCAACAGCCGCACGCCGAUGUCGCUGCAGGCCGCCGCCGCCGCACCCGCCGCCGGCGCGGUCGACGAGGAGACCCCCGCCUCCUCCUCUACCUCAGAUGCUAGCAAGGGGGUGGAGAACUUGGUGAUCAUCGGCUCUGGACCGGCCGGUUACACUGCUGCCAUCUACGCCGCCCGGGCGAACCUGAAGCCUGUCGUGUUUGAAGGGUACCAGGUGGGGGGUGUCCCUGGCGGGCAGCUGAUGACCACCACCGAGGUGGAGAAUUUCCCUGGCUUCCCGGAAGGUAUAACUGGGCCUGAUCUCAUGGACAGAAUGCGCAAGCAAGCGGAACGCUGGGGCGCAGAGCUUCACCAAGAGGAUGUUGAGUUUGUGAAUGUAAAGAGCAGGCCGUUUGUUAUUCGUAGCAGCGACCGUGAGGUGAAAUGUCAUAGUCUAAUCAUUGCAACUGGAGCUACGGCUAAGCGCCUCCGGCUGCCUCGUGAAGAUGAAUUUUGGAGUAGAGGCAUCAGCGCAUGCGCGAUAUGUGAUGGAGCAUCACCGCUGUUCAAGGGCCAAGUUCUUGCAGUUGUUGGGGGUGGUGAUGUAGCUACAGAGGAAGCAAUAUAUUUGACAAAAUAUGCUCGACAUGUUCAUUUACUAGUUAGAAAGGAUAAUCUACGGGCAUCCAAAGCUAUGCAGGACAGAGUACUCAACAACCCCAACAUAACAGUACAUUUCAAUACAGAAGCCAUGGAUGUUGUUAGCAAUGACAAAGGGCAGAUGUCUGGCAUUCAUCUGAAGAGAAGAGAUACAGGAGAAGAAUCAGUUCUUCAGGUGAAAGGUCUAUUUUAUGGCAUAGGACAUACUCCAAACAGUCAUCUGUUGCAAGGCCAAAUCGAACUUGAUAGUGCUGGCUAUAUUUUAGUUAAAGAGGGCUCAGCCAAAACUUCAGUUGAUGGUGUAUUUGCUGCUGGUGAUGUUCAGGAUCAUGAAUGGAGACAAGCUAUUACCGCAGCUGGAUCUGGAUGCAUAGCUGCUUUGUCAGUUGAAAGAUACUUAGUUGCCAAUGAUCUUCUUGUUGAAUUUCACCAGCCUGUUCAAGAAGAAACAAAGAAGGAUAUUACAGAUAAAGAUGUCGAAAUGGGCUUUGACAUUUCUCAUAGAAAACACAAGGGACAGUAUGCACUCCGCAAAUUAUACCAUGAAAGUCCACGACUCAUUUGUGUUCUAUACACUUCUCCCACAUGUGGUCCUUGCAGAACCUUAAAACCAAUUUUGAACAAGGUCAUAGAUGAGUACGAUGAGUUUGUUCAUCUUGUUGAAAUUGACAUUGAGGAGGAUCCUGAAAUAGCAGAAGCUGCAGGCAUCAUGGGAACACCUUGUGUUCAAUUUUUUAAGAACAAAGAAAUGCUUAGGACUGUAUCUGGUGUGAAAAGGAAGAAGGAAUAUCGGGAGUUUAUCGAGGCGAACAAAUGA